CAAUAGCACGAUGUCUGCUGGCCUGACAGCUAUGCGAAUGCACAGCGUGUCUUUCAGAAGUUUAUACAAUAUAUAAAAGAUUUGACUGAGUAAAGGAAAAGGAAACAUGGUUGCUAUAAUCCCAGCGGGGCAAAAAUUACUAAACUACGUUCCUUAUUUACUGGUUCUGAUUGAUCUUCGUUACGAAGGAGUUAAUGCUGGGAAGGAUAGUGGUGUUGAAAAUCAUCUGGAGAUAGGGAAGAAGCUUCUGGCCGCUGGACAACUGGCUGAUGCUCUGUCCCACUUCCAUGCUGCUGUUGAUGGAGACCCCCAAAAUUACAUGGCUUACUAUAGAAGAGCAACUGUGUUCCUAGCCAUGGGAAAAUCUAAAUCUGCACUACCAGACCUUAGCAAAGUCAUUGAACUUAAACCAGACUUCACAUCGGCGAGGCUUCAGAGAGGCAGCCUACUGCUAAAACACGGCAAACUCGAUGAAGCAGAAAGUGAUUUCAAAAAAGUGCUCAAAUCAAACCCAAGCAGCAGGGAAGAGCAGGAGGCGAAGAGCCAGCUGAAGAAAUCUGAUGAAAUUCAGAGAUUGGUGGCUCAGGCUCAGAACGAUUUCAACCGCAAAGAAUACAGCUCAGCCGCAUCACACCUUGACAUCAUAAUCGAAACAUGUGUGUGGGAUGUGGACUCCAGAGAGAUGCGGGCUGAGUGUUUCAUUCAGUUGGGUGAUAUGGGCAAAGCCAUCAGUGACCUCAAAGCUGCUUCAAAAUUAAAAAGCGACAACACUCAGGCUUUCUACAAGCUAAGCACCACCUAUUACAACCUGGGAGACCAUGAGAUGUCCCUCAAGUAAGAUUUUACAUAUGGUUAUUAAUGCAUUUAAGUCUGAAUGGAAUCUUGAAGUGCUACAAAAGAAUACUAAUGCUAUGUUUGUAAUGCUGUAGUGUACUGUUUAUUACAUACUGUGUGGUCUAUACAAUAUAUUGCCUACUACGUUUAAAAUGUUUUAUGUGAAACAGUACUCCAAGUUAAAUG